AUGGCAUCGGCUCCGAUGAACCCGUGUCGAGUGUUUGAUCAACCUUCUCCCGCUGAGCACCUUCUUGCUCUUCAAAACCCCAAAAUACUGGAACAAAUAAAACGAAGUGAACGGAAAUGCGUCGGAUUUGUGAUAACAAAUGCACCGCUACAAGUCGUCAAGGACGAGGUUGUGAUGGAUACCAGAGAUUUUCUUCAAGCUGGGAUGCCUUAUGCUCUUGUGUUUUCUGUUGACAACCCUGACCUGAGGAACAUGUGGUUUGUCUUUCACGAACAAAAAUACAAUCAUCAGGCUGUGGAGUUCGUACGCUGGGGUUACGAACCUCAUGAAUUCACUGUCGAGCCCGAUCUCUCCGUCAUAAUUCGAAGUGACACCUUAAUAUCUAUAGUUUGUAGUGCAGCAUAUGUCAGGAGCAUUGGUUAUAAUCGUUGUUCGUCACUCUAUCCAGAGUUUGUCUACUUUAUGCUUCUUAUACAGGAAAAAGUCCACCAAGGCGAGAAGAACAGCGACGAAUCAAGUACUGAAGAUACAGUGUCUGUAUAGUUCACAAAAAUUCGGGUUCCAACUGGUAAGAU